GAACAACAAAUAAAGCGAAGGCAGGAAACGGUAGGGGGUUCAUUGUGGCUGAGCUUUAGUGUCAAAAUGUGGAAGAGCAACAUGAAGGCCAGCAUCGCGUUCGUUGUUGUCGCCGUUUGGCUCUUAAAGGUCAAUGCAGAUGUGAGCUUCAUGCAGCUGUCGGAGAAGCAGUCUUUGGAGCUCUCGUGCCCCUCUCAGAAGGACCACGGCGGCCUGACAAUUUUACACGUGUACCACCGCCGAGGCCCCGCUCAGACUACCCUGCUGUCCCUGGCUCGGGGGGGUGACGAUGAGCUCAAGCUGGACCCCGACUACAAGACACGCUUGCUGGUGUCCGGAGGGAGCAACGGCACACGGGUCAAGGUUAUCCUGUCGCACUUGGAGCAAAGGGACUCGGGGCUGUAUGUGUGUGAAAAACGAGACAACGGCUCGGAGCGCGUCUUCAUCACUCAGCUCUUCUUGCUGGUCGACGCCUCAGGGAUGCCAUGUCAGUGCUCUUCAAGCUACCCCCCUAUGCUCAUGACCAUCUUUUCAGCGACGAGCCUCAUUCUGAUCACACUCUUGUGGCUUGCCGUGGGAGAAUGUGUGAAGGCGAGGCGUCCUCCUGCCACGGGGCCACCUGCUGUUCCCGUUUAUGAGGAAAUGACCAGGAAGCAGCACAACUCGGGCACCCCCCCAAACAAGCAGGAAGCUCUGGAUGAGGUCACGUCUCCAUUGUAUGCAAACACGCUCGUGAGACAAACACAAGACAACGACUACGCCUGCCCGAGACACAUCACCCUCAGAGCCUGAAUGGAAAUCCCCCACAAUCAUUUUGCAUCAGUGGCACAUGACCGUUGAAACACCAAAUUUAAUGCGGAGGCGGACAAACCUAACGCUUAUUUUUGUGAAUUGAUUUUGUCUUUUUAUAAGCCUAUCGUGCCUGCUUAAAAAGAAUUGAACGCCCCCCCCCCCACACACACACCAAAACACUUUUUUUCUUAAACAGCCGAGAAAAAAAAUGCUAUUUUAUUAAUAUCUGAAAGAAGCUCCAUAGUUCAUGAAAACAUUUGUUUUUCGGUGCAUGUUGUUUGAACAAUCACAUUCUAUGAGGAGAAAGAUAUACAGAGAGAGAAAAAUCAAAAAUCAAAAAGAAAACAUUACAAGCCACUGACUUUGAAAAUCAUUAAAUCUCAGUACAGACAUUUUUUUUCUGAAUUACUCCCCCCCACCCCAAAAAAAGCAGCCCUAAUUCCAAACACCCGCUGAUACGCCCCCCCGCCCCCGAAAAAAAACAAAACAAAACCCCAUAAAAACCUUGAGGGUGACAGGCUGGAAUCCCACAGUGCUAAAGAGUGAGACGCUCAUUGGUUUUUCGGAAUACACAGCAUGGCGAUGUAACGCUAGGUCGAUCGGAAUCAGGGGACAAAAAACAUAAAAAAUGAACAAUACACAUACUGGACCCCCCCCCCCCCCCCCCC